AUGCGGUGCAGCCUUCGGCCUCUCCCACCCGAUGCCGCCUGCGGCCUGCGGUGGACACCUGUGCCGCCGCCGCACCGCGCUCCGUCGGUAGGCCCGUACUGUAGCUGUGCUGUCGCCUCAAGUUCAGGGUGCGCCGAGCCGGCACCGAGGUGGGACCGCAGUAGGGGCACGUCACGGAAUUCGCCUCCGCUUCCCUCGCCUGGUAAUCCAUCACGGUCCUCUCCGGCAGGGGAGCCGCUGCGAAGCAGACGCGAGGGACGGCCUGCUCGGUUCCCUGCACGCCGUGGCGGCCGUCUCUCGGCACGACGGUGCCGAUGCGAGCAGUCGUCGGGCCACGCUCAACCGACGAAAUAUCAAGCGGCGGCUGCUGCCGAAUUGGUGCCUGCUCAGCCAAGGUACCAGGCGUGGAGCCGGAAGCUAUUCGCUGGCGCUCGCGUGGCCACGUACGGCGGCGCCGCCAUGCUUGUCCCUCCGCCGCAAGGGCAGGGCGCCGUGACCUGGGCAGGGCGCCGUGACCUAGGCAAGACACCGUCCCAGCAUGCGCAGCACAAGCACGGCGUGCGAUGCGUGCGUGCCGACGAGCCUGCUCCCGCACACGUUCCUCGCACGCCGGGCAAUCAUGGCAUGCGCACUCGCCGCACCUACUUUGCCUUGCGGUCGCCCGACCUCGCAUCGUGA